UUGCUAUGCAUCAAUAAAUUUGCAAAAAAAAGAGGAAACAAAUAAAUUGUUAAGAUUUUAAGCGAAUCACGUGUCUCAUUGAUCGUGUAACAUAAGGGUAACAGCUUGUAAAUCUUAAAAGUAAGGUUUUACUCUAUAUGUGCAGUUAGAUAUUUUGAUAUUUUCGGGUAAUGUUAAUUACGAUAUUUUAUUCAAUACAGUCAGCGUCAACAUGAUAGCAAGGAAUAGUGGAUGUACUGUUUCUUCAAAAAGCCUAAAACUUGGUUCUUUGUUACUAUUUGGUGGAUUUAUAAUUCAUGUUGUUGGAUUUUCGAUCGCGAAAUGGGCGUCUCUGAAUAUGUCCCAUUCUAGUACCAUACUCAGCGUACAAACGUCUUACCAUGUUGGAUUAUGGGAACUUUGUGUCUGUGUAAAGAUAAUCUUGGAACAAUGCGCAUGUAUAAAGAGAGACGGAGAUCAAGCAUGGUUCAAAGCAGUACAAGCCAUGGAGACUUUGGGUCUAAUUGGAUUGGCUUUUACUGGAAUCAUUUGUUUGAUUCUUGUAUGUUGGAGACAAACAAAGGCAUUGAAGAAAUUGAAUAUUUUCUCGAUUUUAUGUUCAAGUGUUUUCAUUAUCAUCGGAUUAAUUAUUUUUGGAGUUGAAAAAGCAAAUGACUUUAAUGCCUUGGUUGAAAUUAUCGGCACAAAAGACACAAUAGAGGCAGAUGGAAAACUUGGCACGUCCUUCUUCUUAUGCGCUGGUGCCGCCGGAAUAUCCUUUCUUGCAUGUUUGCCUCUAUUCUUGAUUGACCUGAAAACUCAAAUACCAGAGUCUUCAAAUAUGCAACAACAAGGUCAUGUCAAUUAUGUAUCACCGCAUCAGGUACAUGUUAUACCGAAUGUUUCAGGUCAGCAACCACAGAGAAAUUCUGUGCCAGCAUACGGACCUUACAGUGUGCCUCCACCGUACACACCACAAGCGUCCUGGGGAUAUAACACGACUAGUCCUCCGCCACAGCCAGAUGGUAAACAUUACAAAGGAUAGAAAAGAUACGGAACAGUUAGACUGAAUGUGAACAAUGUGAAAUUCAUGACAUAACAUAUGCACACUCUAGCUAAUAUUUACCCAGAUUAUUUUUUCUGCACUGGUUUAACAUUAUACAGUGUUAGCCUUGUCAAAUUUUGCACUAUAUAUUCUACAGUGAAUCAGUCACAUUGAAAUGGUCCAAUUAAAAAGACCCUGUCUGCUGGCACGUUGUAAAUAUUUUCCGCUUAGAGAAAUCUGCUGUGUUGAUUAAGCGAAAGAACCCUUAUAUUCUUUCAGUAUAUGAAUUAUUUUCAUCUUCAACAAAUACCACUUGUUAGGCGAACAUCAGUGCAUUUUAAUGUACAUUUGUAAUUGUAAAUAUAUUUAAAAAUUGCAGUUUUGAUUAUUUUCUGGCUCGAAACGUACUAGUACAAAGACGAGAUUGAUGUUUAUGUUCACUGUAUUCAGUCCCAUAUCCGCGACAUUCUAGCACCAUAUUUGAAUAAAAUCACCAUUUCAUCCAUCUUAGCACAGUAACUCCAACAUUAUGUACGUAUUUGUUUGUGAUUUGGAAGGACCCAUCUUACACACAUAUCAAUAAUAAACUAACGAUGAAUAGUAUAAUUAUAAAGCUAUCAUGGUAAUGUCCUAUCGCCUUAUUAAAUCAGAUAAAAAUUACUGCUAACAUGACUGUUCAAGAAGU